UUCUGAGAAGAGAGGCAAGAACAAACAGUUCCUCCAGAAGCUGUGGUUUUGGGUAUCUUUUGUUUUAGGCAUUAAAUUUUUAAAAAGGCCCCCCCCAUUUUUUUGAAAGCUCCCACACGCUCCUGGUCCACCCCCCUUCCUGCCUGACUGGCCCUUGUCUCCCGCCCCACCACGGCCAGCACCCAACUGGAACGCCCUGUACCACCCGCCGCCCACCCGCCAUCCGGACCUGCCCACUCUCUGGGCAGCCUCAUUGUGAUGCCUCCCACCUCUGCUCACCAUGAGCCUGGCCGGGCCCCCAAGGCCACAUGAGAGCUUGCCCUGGACCUGGGCUGCCCACUCUGGGUCACUGGAGACCCUGCCUGGGAGCGGAGGUCAGAGGGUUCGGCAGGAUCUGUCUGAGGCCCCCAAACCCAAGCGGAAGUACCUGGGAGGAUGCCCUCCCAUGGAGGGGGCGCCCUGCAAACCACAGCUCCCAGCCACCUCUGCUGGCUGGCUUCCAGGGUGCCGUGGACACAGGACAGGCAGCGUGGAAGUUCUCAGGCCUCUGGUACGUGGUCUCCAUGGUCUCUGACUGCAAGGUCUUCUUGGGCAAGAAGGACCACCUGCUGAUGUCCACCAGGGACAUCAAGGCCUCGGCGGGGGGCAACCUCAGCGUCCACAUGGAGUUCCCCCGGGCCGACGGCUGUAACCAGGCGGAUGCGGAGUACCUGAGAGUGGGUGCCCAGGGGCACUUCCGAGUCCCAGCCUUGGGCUACCUGGACGUGCGCGUGGUGGACACGGACUACAGCUCCUUCGCCGUGGUCUACAUCUACAAGGAGCUGGAGGGCGCGCUCAGCACCAUGGUGCAGCUCUACAGCCGGACCCAAGAAGCGAGUCCCCAGGCCCUGGAGGCCUUCCAGGACUUCUACCCGACGGUGGGGCUGCCAGCGGACAUGGUGGCCAUGCUGCCCAAGUCAGAUGUGUGCUCCCCGGGGGACAGGAACGCACCCUGAGGGCUCCGGAGAACCAGUUUGGCUCUUCCCAGGUAGGGGCCAGGGUAGCACCUCCCUCCCGCUCUCCAGGGCCUGUGUGCCGGGACCUCCUCCCUCUCACCUGCUGAGGUCUGCACAUGCAGAUCCCCCAGCAUCCCUUGUUCUCCCUGGAUACUCACUCCUGUGCCUGCAGCCUGCACUCACACAUCACCUCUUCCAGGGGAGCCUCUCCUGAUUACCUAGGGCUGCCCUAGCUUAAAACAACAGGAAUUUACUGUCUCAUAGCCUAGAGGCUAGAGGUGUGCAGUCAAGGACGGGGCAGGACUGCCCAGAGGCUCUGGGGAGAAUCCCUGCCUCUUCCAGAGGCUGUUGGUGCUGGCGAUCCUUGGCCUGUCGACCCACCACUCCCAUCCCUGCCUCGCUUGUUAAGAGGCCAGAUUGCCUUCAUAAAAGGAUACCCUAAAUCAAGGGUGAUCCCCUCUCAAGAUCUUUAACAAUUACAUCUGCAGAGACCUUAUUUCUACAUAAGGGCAUUUUCGGAGUUCCAAGUGGAUGUGGAUUUGGAGGGACAUAAUCCAGCCCAGUGCACCCUGUGUCCCCAUAGCCCCUGGCUUGCCCGGAGCAUGGGGCGCUGCCUUGGGAUUCCCGAGUCCUCAUCCUCUCCCAAGGGCCCCACAAGAUGGGAACCGCAGCCUUCUGGCACAAGGCUGAGUCCCCAGGACCCCUUGGGACAUGGAUGCAGGUGGGCUCUUGGGGACGCCUCCUCCCAAAGCGGAGAGGAGACCAUUGGGCCCCUCACCCC